GGAUUUUUCUUCUUUAAAUCUUGAAAACCCCAUUGAUUUAAUCUAUGUUCCAAGUUGCACCUUUGAUUAAUGAGAAAAAGCAACAAUAUUUUAUUCAACGUUGUCUUCGUGUAAUGCAGAAGACGACAUUGACUUAAAGAAGUAAUAAGUCUCUCAGUUUGAAUUUUGAAUAAUAAACACCACCACAAAGCACCCACAGUGUGUUUGUGUAAAUGCCUCAACGAACUACACACCAUUUGUGUUUGACAAUAUAAAUUAAUUGGAUAUAACUGAAGCUUCCUACCCUGUUUCCUGCUAUGUGGAGGUCACUAUUUUCUAUAUAAGCCUAUAAUAGUUGGCAGUUGAACGUUACCUUCUAUCAUAUUGGUAUAACUCCCAAAUUGGACUUUGAUGGUACAGAAACGGAAUAUCAAUCAGGAUAGUGAUGAAAGCUCCGAGUUUCCACCCCGGGAAUCUAAGCGCCAACAUCCUUCUAAUGCGCUUUUUACAGGGUUAAGGAGUUACUCUUCUCCACAAGAACUUGCACUAAGGUUGGAGCCUUCAAUCCGAAGCUGGUACCAGGCCAUGUGUAAUUCUGCAGGUAUACAGAGUGCCUGUCAUUCACAGGACAAAAGCUUGAAAUAUUUCUGUUCAUUUCCCAAUUGGAGUAAUCUUGAAAUUAUUGCUAUACGGAAGCUAAAAUUAGUUAUUGUCAACAGAGAGAAGGUGCGUGAAGAGAUUGAGAGAACGCUUCAAUCUACCCUGAGAUACUCACUAAAUGAUAAUGAGACUUCUCAAUCAAGGGCUAUUCAGUUACUUUUUGACGAUAUAUUUCCUUCUUCCCUUUUCACGGGCAGUAAAGUAUCCAUGGGCAAUAGGCCCAUUAAGGUUCUCUUGCAUGAUGCCAGUUCCAACAAGAGAAUAACAUCUGGACCCUUAUCUUCGGCAAAAGUUGGUGUGGUUGUGCUUAAUGGGGAAUUUAAUCCCAACGAUCUAGAAGACUGGAGUGAGGAAGAGUUCAGCAAAAAGGUUAUUCGUGAAAGAGACGGAAAACGUCCAUUAUUGACUGGAGAUUUAGUCAUUCAGCUGAGGGAUGGUGUGGGAUAUCUGGGUGAUAUCAGCUUCACUGACAAUUCAAGCUGGAUAAAGAGCAGGACCUUUAGGUUGGGACUGAAAUUGAUUAACCGUUCUGGUCAAUUUAGGGUCAGAGAAGGAGUUAGCAAGCCUUUUACUGUAAGAGAUCAUCGUGGGGAAGCUUAUAGGAAGCAUUACCCUCCCACUUUGGACGAUGAGAUAUGGCGGUUGGAAAAGAUUGCUAAAGAUGGUGCAUCACACAAAAGGUUGAGUACGGAAGGCAUAUCAUGUGUGAAAGACUUCUUACGGCUGCUUGUCACUGACCCAUCUCUUUUACGUAAGAUGCUGGCUUGUGGGAACAACAUAUGGGAGAAAAUAACUGAACAUGUGACCACAUGUCUGUUAGACAACAGCGAGUGGUACAUAUACAAUGCCGGAGAAAGUAUUGUACUUCUGUUCAACUGCAUCUAUGAGCUUGUAGGUGCAAUUCUUGAUGGACAAAAUUUCCAGUCCAUUGACAAAUUAGAUGUAUUUCAGAAGCGGAUGGUGGAAGACCUUAAGCGUAAUGUUUAUAAAAAUUUGAAUUGUCUAGCUCCCUUUGAGGACCAUUCUUUGAUUGGCCAAGCAGUCCUUACAUCCAAUCUGCAAAUUGGCCUUUCUCAUAUUCUUAGUUCAAGCCAACAGAAUAUGAACUACUCAGAUAACCAAGGUCAAGUGGAGUUACAGAGCAAGUCUGAUCAUACCACAAUUUCACCACCACUAGUCUACACAGCGCAACAGGAUAGUCCAACUGCAGUGUCCAUGCCUGAAAGCUUUCAUGGAAUGCAAGCAUUUAAUUCGACCUUGGCAAGCAGUUUCUUGGUUGGUGAUCCCUGUUCUAAUAUCUACCCUGGUGAUUAUGAUUGGGGUUCCAGUGGUUCAUUGGAUUCACUAGGGAUGACCGAUUAUCUACCUUCCACCAACAAUUAUCAGUUUGAGACACCAGUGCCUCAAGGGAAUGGAUUGUUAGCUAGUUCAAGUGUUCAGCCGGUGUCUCCUAAUAUUGGCUUUCACAUCACUAGACGUGGAAAUCCUAGAGCCAUAUGGUGCACAAUCCGUGCUGUCCUAAAAUGGAAAACAUUGGUUAAGCGAAAAUAGCUGUUUGACGAUGGAAAGGCUUUUACAAGUAGAUAUCUGAAGUUUGUUCGAGAUAUAACCAGCAAACUUCACCUCCAUGUCUCAGCCUAUUCCUUGAACUCUUUGGUAUUUUGAAAUAUAUAUUUGUGUCCAUUACAUAUAGCAUCCAUCAUAUAUAUGUGAGUAAAUUGUACAUAUAGUAAGGUUUUUGUCAGGAUGAAGGUGCAUGUAGGAUGAAUUUGCUUGCAGAAACAAUAGCAAGAUAUCAAAUGUUAUGCUACCGCAAAUGCCAUCGUCCUUGGGGUAGUUUUCUUGUGUUUUCUGCAUCAGAUGCAAUAAAUGGUGCUUGUACAGGAAGUAAUAUUAUUAGCUUGAUUAGUAGUUUAUAAUAAUGAGAUGCUAUGUGAAUUGUUGUCAGCUGUAUCGUUGGAACUCAUCUGGCCCAUUGUACAUUUUUUCUGUAAUUUUUUUUUACACUUCAUGGUAUAUAAACAUAUAUCAGUGCAUUGCGUGCUA